UUAUUCAAGAAUUUAUUUCAAUUCUCUUUACAUGAAUGCAUUCAAACUUAAAUUACUUAACUUUCUACUCAUUCUUAGUCAGAACCAAUUCAUUCAAAAUUAAUUUUGUCUCCGCAGAACUAAACACAUAUUUUAACAUUUUGCUUCCGUGUUUGGUUCCACGGUUGGAGGGCUCAAACUUGAGUUCUCCAUCAUCAAUCCUAGUUUGACGGCAUGUGAAGAUGUUUGGCUUUCUAAGAAAUUGAUUCUGGCAUCAAAAUCAUGCUAAGUUGAAGCUCCCGAGUGUAGCUUCCAAGGUGGUUUGGAAGUUGGAAUUGAUCCUGAAUUUCAUUGUAAUGUGAUGGAUAUCCUCUCUCUGCUUUUAUGGUAUCUAAGCUACUGGAAAUAUUUCACGACGACGAGGAAAAUUCUGAUGUUAAAUUGGUUAUCGUCAAGGGAAAUGGCAGGGCAUUUUGUGCUGGUGGUGAUGUUGCAGCCGUUGUUCAUGAGGCAAGAGGAGGUGAUUGGAGGUUUGGUGCAAAGUUUUUUAAUACUGAAUAUAAAUUGAAUUAUUUGAUGGCAACAUAUAGUAAGCCUCAGGUUUCAAUUCUUAAUGGAAUUGUCAUGGGAGGUGGCGCUGGUGCUUCUAUGCAUGGAAGAUUUCGCGUCGUUACAGAGAAUACCGUCUUUGCAAUGCCAGAAACAGCUUUGGGAUUAUUUCCUGACGUAGGCGCCGCAUAUUUCUUGUCUAGAUUAGAUGGAUUUUUUGGUGAAUAUGUUGGUCUUACAGGUGCUAGGUUGGACGGUGCAGAAAUGCUUGCUUGUGGUCUUGCAACACAUUUUGUCCCUUCAUCGAAACUAUCGUUAUUGGAAGAGUCAUUAUGCAAGGUCGAAACUAGUGAUCCAGCUGUAGUAUCUGCAAUUAUUGAUAAGUACUCAGAGCAGGUUUUCCUAAAAGAGGCUAGUGUUUAUCACAGGAUGGAUCUAAUCAAUAAAUGUUUCUCUAGGAAAACAAUGGAAGAGAUUUUAUUUUCUCUUGAAAUCGAAGCUACGAGAAAGGCAGACAGCUGGAUUUCUACAACUCUUGAAACCUUGAAGAAAUCAUCUCCAACUAGCCUUAAAGUCUUUCUUAGAUUGAUUAGAGAAGUGAGGCUUGUAGGUGUUGGUGAAUGCCUUGUUCGAGAGUAUAGAAUUGUUUGUCAUAUCCUACAAGGACACCACAGCAAAGAUUUCUUCGAGGGUUGUAGAGCUAUACUGAUAGACAAAGAUAGGAAGCCAAAGUGGGAACCUUCCAAAUUGGAGCUUGUGAGCGACAGCGAUGUCGACAGUUACUUCUCUAAGCUUGAUGCUGAAGGGUGGAAAGAUUUGGAGCUUCCCAAAAGGUUCAAAAAUUUGCCUGCACAUGCUAUUUCAAAGCUUUAAAAGUGUAGACGCCAAGGAAUCACAUCAUUAAAUGGAUUCUUUAAGGUUGAGUAUAGCUUUGUGAAUUGCCACAGUGCAAGUUGAUUAUAUAUUUAUUUAGAAGAUGUUCGAUCAACAAAACAAAAGAUAAUAAGUUUAAAAUUGAACACUAGAAAAGAGAUUUUCAAAAAGAAAAGUCAUAUAAUUUAAAGAAAAUAGUAAAUAUAGGAUAAUAAUGUAUGUAAAUAUUAUUGUUGCAGUAAAAACUUUUUUUCCGCUUUA